AUUUCGUCCUUCCCAGUUGUGUAUUUUGAUGGAAUUUCCCCAUCUUAAUCUUUGUGCAUUUACUGUUUCUUCCGCCAAAUCUACAGUCGGAACCUACUCUAACGUCCAUUAUUUCAAUAUCCGGAUUGAAAAUUUAGAUUAAUUUGAACAGUUACGAUGUAUAAAAAUAUCAACUUGCUUCUUUGUAAAGUGCCUAUAUAAUGAACAUUAAAACGCUGAAGGAUGCGGUUUUCGUGAUACAAAUUCCCCAGUUAAUCAUCAGUCACAUGUCAGAUACAUAAUAAAACUUUGUAGAAAGUGAAACAAGGAAAGUUGAGGCGAAAUAUUGUUUAUUGUACUUAGGACGACUUAGUUGCACUUUGAUCGAUAGGUCUACUACUGCGUGUUUGUACGUCGCGAUGUUUGGUACAUCAUUUAUUCCCAGUAAACGUCGACUGCCUGACACAUUGCCACGGCAUAAUCUAAUUUACAUACAUUUACUUUCUCAUUAACACAUUUCAGGACAAUCCAGUGCUCAACUGAACGUUGCAUAUGACCAACGGGAUUACAAUCCGUGCUUACAUCCACAGGUAAACCCGUGUGACAGAUUCAACGAGCAAGAUUUACGCUGUCAUAAAGUCAUAGGUCAUCAGUUAAGUCAAGAGUUCUUCGUUUCCAGAAGAAAGUACUGAAUUUAAACAUGAUACAUGAAUGGACAUUAAUAUUACGUAUAUUAAAAACGUACUUUUAAAUGUUUAUAAUUCUAAGGUGAAGUUUAUGACAUCAAGAUCAGUCAAUUUAAAUUAGUGUGAUAUUAAUAUAUCAAAACAUUGAAAAAUAAUAUCAUUUACAUAUGUUCAAUAUUCUAACUAGACAAGCCGGCUUGGAACUAUGGACCAAAUGGAUGCGUAUUAAAUUUAAACGAUUCAUGUGUUGGAUACUGAAGACAAAUGAGACUGUCUUUGUUUGGCGAAGAAUCUGUUUGUUUAUUACAUGUGAAUGUAAUGAAGCAUUCAAUUUGUUUUCCUCGUGCUUUCCGCCUUGAAAUAUAAACAGGUCUUAGAAAACAGUCUGAAUUAUUGACUCUGCAGUAAUGUAAAUCUUCUUUGAAGCUGAAGCUCAUCUAAAUAUUGUUUGAAGUCAGUCCGCACCUCAAAGAAAACACAGCAUUUCUUCAUUACAAAGAUUGAUUGGUUGAUGCUCUUACGCAAAUAAUCGCUUAUUCCGAGAUUCAUACACUAAUGAGCUUUAAAGACUUAACUUCCUGUGUCUGUGGAUAAAUUGUUGUCAUCAUUCACGACGAAGUGAUUUACGUGUUGAGAAUUUCUCUUUUCUUACCGACCUAUAAACUACUCGUUUGUAUUCGAUAAUCUGAAUGUGCACUGUUCUUUACUAGGAACACGACACUUGAUAGAUGUCCAUACCAAAGAGCUUUGCUAUUGCCCUUUGUCAAAAUUUCAGCGAUUGACGAAGUACGAAAUAAAAAUAAGGUUAUGUUGUCUACGGGACAAAAUAUUCUGUGCUGUUAAACGUGUUACUCAGUUUUGACUGUUUAACUGCUACCAUCGAACGCAAUGGAGAGGGUGUUACCUAAAGCGAAUUUUGUGUUUUCUGUGCGACCUUUAUAUUACGUGUCUCGAGUUUUGGGCCUUGGCCUCUUCUCUUUUACUGACAGCUUUGUCGUCAAGGAAAUUAAUACCUUAUGGAUUCUGUACACAGUAAUCUUAUUAAUUGCUGUGUUGACCUGUGGUGUAUAUUGCACGGUGCAGCGCGUUGGACAGUCAGGUCUGUUAGCCACAAUAGUUGUCAACGAGUUCCUCAUGAUGUUUAUUGGAGCUUUAAAAGCCGUCUCAUCCAUAUUCAUUUCUGUCGCUAUGAAUGGCGCAAAAUCAAGGAAAUUUAUUUCCACAGUUGUUAAAGUUGACAGAAGCCUGUUGUCUGAUCCCAUUACAACUUACAGGAAGACGUUUAUUUUCACUUUGGUUCAAGUGUUUGCUGUGUAUUCGUAUGAAGCAACCUUGUUCACUUAUGACACGUGGGUAUGGACACGUGCUAUGGGGAGUCUAAGCAUUUGGUAUUUUAUUUCUGGCUAUCCACACCGUAUUGUGAACAUCGGAGGUGUGCUUCAGUUCUGUGACAUUGUUCUGUUGCUGCGAAGCCGUUUUCAAGCUUUGAACUCAGGACUUGGUUUUAUUUUAAAAGAUUCUGUUGAUCCUUCUAUUGUAUUUACCAACGUAGCCCAUGAAUCAGCUUCAAGUUCCGUUGUAAUGAGAAAUGAAAAUAGUGUUUCAGAAGAUAAAAGUGUGACUAUAAUACCAUUUCGAGAUUCUUCUCAAUUUAUGGUAAACCGUAUUCGGCAACCACGAUUUAAAAUUUUGAAACAGAAAAAUGUUCAUGAUUUUAGAGAAAUUUACGAUGACUUGUGUGACAUUAGUGUCCUCAUCAAUUCAAUGUAUGGUUUUCAGCUUUUGCUGGAAUUAGGUGUUACCACAUUUGAGCUAAUUUUGUCGUCUUAUCUUAUGCUUGCAACAAUUCUGGGAAUCCAUAAUGUGGAAACAGACACCAUUAGUCAGUUUAUCAGUCUCAUGACAGCGUGGCUUCUUCAGUAUGCUUUCAAACUUAUCAGCAUUACAGCUCCUUGUCAUUCUGCAACCACAGAAGCGGAGAACACGGCUGUGUUGGUGCAGAAGUUGUUGUUGGUGCCAAACUUUGACCACGACACAGUGGCAGAACUCCAGCUUUUUUCUCAGCAGUUACUCCAACGUAAAAUAAAAUUCACUGCAUUUGGUUUCCUUAUUCUCGAUUACUCUCUCCUGUUCACUAUCAUCGGAGGCGUCACAACGUUUCUCGUGGUUGCCAUGCAGUACAGUAACUAGGGACAUGCUAACCACAUGCAGGUCCCAAUUUUGAAAAUGAAAUUCUUUAAUAUGACCUUUAUAAAAUCAAUGAAAGCGUAAACAUUUUUCACUCCUUCCCGCUACAUAACAAAUGAAAAAAAUUAAUUCUCUACUGCCGCUAGUUGCAACCAAUAGUAAACUGGUUGUUCACGAAGAAGUGAAAUGAAUCACAAGUUUUCAUAUGCAUAUUUACUUAUUAAUACGCUAUACGGUGUAGAAUCCUUCUGUGUUGUUUCAUGGUAUUUGCUGUGUAUAAGACAUAUUUUCUAUUUGUCACGCUUGUAAAUUGCUAAAAUGAAUUUACACUAUUUAAAUGCAUAUGUCUUUAUUAAAGGUAAUUUUGUGAUGAAUCCUAAAGCAUAAUUAUGAGAUACUUGUAUGGUAUAGUUAAAUGUUUAGUAUUUGGAUAUAGCAUCUUAAUGAAACCUAUACAGUGAGACUCUGUAGCCAGAACCCAAAUUCUGUCGAGCAGCUAGC